AUGUAUUUUACUUAGUCGAGAAUUCGAACCCUAGAUCAAACAAUACACAAGAUUGCAAUUAUAGCCGGUUUAGCAGUUUACACGCGGUAUAAGAAAGCAGCACCGUGAAAUCAAAUCGGAUAAACCAAACCCCCACCCUAAUCUCCGUCACCGCCACAAACUCUGUCUUCUCAAUUCAUCUCCUUCAAAAUCUUCACUUUUCUGCGCAUAUUUCAAAUUUCCAUCGCUCUUUUCACAAAUUUAAUUUACAAUGGCGACUGCAUCAGUUGCGUUUAAGUCAAGGGAAGAUCAUAGGAAGCAGCUGGAAUUAGAGGAAGCGCGAAAAGCGGGGCUUGCACCAGCGGAAGUUGACGAAGAUGGAAACGAAAUUAAUCCACAUAUACCACAGUAUAUGUCUUCUGCUCCUUGGUAUCUUAAUUCAGAUAAACCUAGUUUGAAACAUCAAAGGAAGUGGAAAUCGGAUCCUAAUUACACCAAGUCGUGGUAUAAUCGAGGUGAAAAGGGUUUUCAGGCUGAUAAGUAUCGUAAAGGUUCUUGCGCAAAUUGUGGAGCCAUAACACAUGAUGCAAAGUCAUGCAUGGAAAGACCUCGAAAAGUUGGAGCUAAAUGGACAGGGAAACACAUUGCACCAGAUGAAAUAAUUGAGGAAUUUGAGCUAGAUUUUGAUGGGAAACGUGACAGGUGGAAUGGUUUUGAUCCUGCAAGUUAUGCAUAUGUUGUUCACAGAUAUGAGGCAAAAGAGGAAGCACGAAGAAAAUAUCUGAAGGAACAACAGUUGAAAAAGCUUGAGGAGAAGAAUAAAACUGGUGAGGAGGGCGGGGCUAGUGAUGAAGAAGAAGAUGAUGAUGAGGAUGCUUUAAAAGUUGAUGAGGCCAAGGUUGAUGAAAGUAAGCAAAUGGAUUUUGCGAAGGUUGAAAAACGUGUUCGUACAACUGGUGGAGGAAGUACUGGAACUGUAAGAAACUUGCGUAUACGAGAGGAUACAGCCAAGUAUCUUUUGAACCUUGAUGUUGAUUCGGCCUACUAUGAUCCCAAAACGCGGUCCAUGCGUGAAGAUCCUCUCCCAGAUGCUGAUCCAAACGAGAAGUUUUAUGCUGGUGAUAAUCAAAACAGGCUUAGUGGUCAAGCUUUAGAGUUUAAACAGCUGCAUUUGCAUGCUUGGGAGGCAUUUGACAAGGGACAAGAUGUGCACAUGCAAGCAGCUCCAUCCCAAGCUGAGUUGUUAUACAAGAACUUUAAGAUCAAUAAAGAGAAGUUGAAGUCCCACGUGAAGGACACCAUCAUGGAGAAGUAUGGCAAUGCUGCAUCAGAAGGGGAAAUUCCACGUGAACUUCUUCUAGGUCAAACUGAAGGACAAGUUGAAUAUGACCGUGCUGGUCGAAUAAUCAAAGGACAGGAGACUGCACUUCCCAAGAGUAAAUACGAAGAAGAUUUGUACACCAAUAAUCACACAAGUGUCUGGGGGUCUUGGUGGAAUGAUUUCCAAUGGGGCUACAUUUGCUGCAAGCAGACUAUUCGAAACAGCUACUGUACAGGUGCUGCUGGAAUUGAGGCUGCAGAAGCAUCAGGGGAACUGAUGAAAGCGAACAUUGCUCGCAAAGAAGCCAUGGAAGAAAAACCAGCUCCUACUGAGGAGAAACGGCUCGCAUCUUGGGGUACAGAGGUACCAGAGGACUUGGUGCUGGAUGAGAAGAAACUCGCUGAAGCUCUUAAGAAGGAGACGGCAAAGAGAAAAGAAGAGAAGGAUGAAAGGAAACGAAAAUACAAUGUAAAGUAUGAUAACGAUGUGACGCAAGAAGAGAUGGAAGCAUAUAGAAUGAAAAAAAUUCACCAUGAUGAUCCAAUGAAGGAUUUCUUGUAGGGAGAAGUUACCAAUACAAGCAUCAGUGCUUGCUUAGAAGUAUGCAAACCGAGAGAAGUUGCCAAACAAGGGACUUCGCUUUAAACUUCACUUUGUUCUGCUCUUUUCUAUGUUGCAUUAGAACAUGUAUUGUAAUGCUUGAGCACGCUUUCCCUACGACAUUAUCAUGACAGUAUCAUUGAUAGCUCGUCUUUGAAAGCAGUUUGUUCUGAGUCAUAAUGUCCUUUUUGUUUUUUGUACUAUCAUUGUAUAUAAUACUUACGAGAGCGAUACUCUUGAGUUGCUCAGUUCAUUGUAUUGGAAGGUGACUUCUGCAAAUUAUGUUGAACAUUGUUCUCUUGCAUUUGUGACGAUAUCCCAUGAGACCAUGAUAUUAAAGUGAAUAUUUUUACCUGAA